UGAGGAGUUGUGAAGCCAAUCCCCUCCUCUCCGUGGAACCAUUAACCAAAACCUAACUCUCGAUCUCGUGUGCCGCUGCCGUCGUCGCCAUGCCGCCAAAGUUCGAUCCCACCCAAGUGGUCGACGUCUAUGUCCGGGUCACCGGAGGCGAGGUCGGCGCCGCCAGCUCCCUCGCCCCAAAGAUCGGUCCUUUGGGGCUCUCCCCGAAGAAGGUGGGCGAGGACAUCGCCAAGGAGACAGCCAAGGAGUGGAAGGGCCUUCGAGUCACCGUGAAGCUCACUGUGCAGAACCGCCAGGCCAAGGUGUCGGUCGUCCCCUCCGCCGCUGCCCUCGUCAUCAAAGCCCUCAAGGAGCCCGAGCGCGACCGCAAGAAGACGAAGAAUAUCAAACACAAUGGCAACAUCUCGCUCGACGACGUCGUCGAAAUCGCUCGAGUCAUGCGGCCCAGGUCCAUGGCCAAGGAUCUCGCUGGCACCGUCAAGGAGAUCCUUGGCACGUGCGUCUCCGUCGGGUGCACCGUCGAUGGGAAGGAUCCCAAGGACCUCCAGCAGGAGAUAUCUGAUGGCGACGUCGAGGUGCCGCUCGAAUGAGUUCUUCUGCUGCUGCUGCUGCUGAUAUGGUUAGGCUGCCUGUGGAUUUUAAAGCCUUUUUGCUUUAAGAUGUUUCCUUUCGUUAUAUUUCUUGUUUUGGGACUUACUAUGAUCUCAAGAUCACGCAUGAAUGCUAUACAGUAGCUCUAUGGAUUUUCAA